UUUAAUAAUACUCUUGAAGCAAUUUCAGAAGAACAUAAUAAUGUACAAGGUAAAGUAGCAAAUAACGUAGUUGGGCUUGCACUACUGCAGUAUUGGAAGUUCGCUGCAUUGAAUCCAAAAGAAAUCAGCAUAGUUGCACAAAGGCUAUUCAGUAUUAAAGUCAAUUCAGCUCUAUGUGAACAGCUUUUUUUCGCAUGGGGUAGUUUCAUAGUUCUCAAUGAUGUAAAACCAGUCUUUCAAAUGACACAGAUCGUAGCAGAAAUAGCAUGGGAGAAACGUCAAGAAAAAAUUGAGAUGGUUCAAAAUAUAGCCAUUAGGAAUCAAAUUAUAAGUUCAGCUAAUUAUAAUAUACAAGCAUUUUUGCAUAAACAAUUAGAAUCUGUCACAAUUAAUCUCAGCGAUAUUGUAAAUGUUUUAAUGCUUGCUGAUAAUGAAAAUAACAGUGAAAACAUAACCAAAGAGAUUAAUAAUGAGGAAUAUGAUAAUAGCACACAUAAUAGUGAUAAUGAUACAGAUGAAGACCUGACUAAUGAUAAAGAUGAAGAGCUUGAAGAAAAUGAGGAGCUUGAAGAAAAUGAAGAGCCUGAUGAAAUAGGCAUGGGUACCUUAGAUACUGCUAACAAACUUAAUUGUUAUCCGGCCAAUCAUCAAAAUUCAAAAAUCGAAUUACAAUACCUUUUUUCGCGUGUUUUAACCCAACCAUUGUUCGUUCGUAUUAUUGAACAAGAAGUUGGAAAUAUCAAAGCAACACAAUAUGGAAAUGUCGAAGCAACACAAUAG